UGCAGUGUUGUCGGUGGGAGGAGGCUCUCACUCUCUUUCCGGGUGUGGAUUGAACUGAAGCCUGUGUAGCCUGCACCAAUGGCGCUGAUGGCGCAGCUCUGCAGGCGGGGCAGGGCUCUCUCCAGGGUCUGGAACCGCAAGGCUUUCCGCGACACCCCUUUCUGCUUCGGCUCCGGGCAGCAGCUCAGUCUCCGGAACUUGGCGGCAGCAAACGCGGCGUUCACUAAAGAUCUUUGUCCGAUAUGGACGUCUACAAAAUUCUCCAUUCACAAUCUGCACUGCUUCAGCACAAUGCCUCCAUCCCCAUCUGAAAAGAAACCAAGUAGUGGAACGACAAAGAGUGGGCCUGUAACGUGGAAGUCUCUAGCAAUCACUUUUACUGUCGGAGGAGUGCUGUUGGCUGUCAUGAAAUACUUUAAGAAAGAAAAAGAAGAAAAGCUUGAAAAGGAGCGAACUCGCAGUAUUGGAAAGGCAGCACUUGGAGGACCCUUUACACUCAUCGAUCAUACGGGACAGCUCAAGACGAACAAAGACUACCUUGGACAGUGGGUUUUAAUUUAUUUUGGGUUCACACACUGUCCAGACAUCUGUCCUGAGGAACUGGAGAAAAUGGUCGCUGUUGUGGAUGAAAUAGGUAAAUGUUUCAGCAAAGGUGGCAGCACACAUUGAUCAAAAAUAUAGACC